ACAUGCUCUUGUUUGGUUUACCCCUCUGCCCAUUAUAAGACCAACUCCAUUCCCACCGUCAACUUCUGAUGCUGACCCACUUCCAAUCAAAACAUACGGUUCUUGAUCUCAUUCCAUUCCACCUAUUAACUCAAUAACUUCUACCCAUUUGAUCACAAGCUAACCCAGUUGACACUUGCUUAGCUCCCAAACAACUUUACAAAACAAAAUAAAAUAAAAUAGAUAGAUAAGAAAAGAAAAGGAGUGAGCUUUGCAAAGAAAUGAGAGCUCUUUCUCUUCAAAUUUUCUUCUUCUUUCUUGUUCAAACUGUUAAUGGAGAGAAUCCUUAUAGAUUCUUCACGUGGAAAGUCACUAACGGUGACAUCUACCCUUUAGGUGUUAAGCAACAGGGAAUCUUGAUUAAUGGGCAGUUUCCAGGGCCACAGCUUGAUGUUGUUACUAAUGAUAAUCUCAUUAUCAAUGUUUUCAAUUACUUGCGAGAGCCUUUCCUUAUCUCUUGGAAUGGCAUACAACAGAGAAGGAACUCAUGGCAGGAUGGCGUCUAUGGAACAAACUGCCCCAUUUUACCAGGAAAAAACUUCACCUACGUCCUCCAAGUGAAGGACCAAAUUGGUAGCUAUUUCUACUUUCCAUCACUUGGAAUGCACAAAGCUGCUGGUGGGUUUGGUGGCAUUAGAGUAUGGAGCCGUCCUCGUAUUCCUGUACCUUUCCCUCCUCCCGCAGGCGAUUUCACUGUACUAGCUGGAGACUGGUACAAGAGAAAUCACUAUCAAUUGAGAGGAAUCUUGGAUGCUGGUCAUGAUCUUCCAUUCCCCGAUGGGCUUCUCAUCAAUGGCCGCGGAUGGAAUGGAUACACGUUCACAGUUGAUCAAGGGAGGACUUAUAGGUUCAGGAUAUCAAAUGUGGGCCUCUCAACAUCAAUUAACUUCAGAAUUGAAGGGCACAAGAUGAAACUUGUGGAGGUAGAAGGAUCUCAUACGCUACAGAAUACCUACUCUGCCCUUGAUGUACAUCUUGGCCAGUCAUAUUCUGUCUUGGUUACAGCUGAUCAGCCAGUAAAAGAUUACUACAUUGUCGUUUCUUCACGCUUCACUGCCCGUGUGCUUACAACAACAGCCAUUCUUCACUAUAGUAAUUCACGUAAUGGAGUUUCUGGUCCAGUCCCAGGUGGACCUACUACUCAGAUUGAUUGGUCCCUUAACCAGGCCAGAUCAUUACGCUGGAAUUUGACUGCAAGUGGUCCGAGGCCAAAUCCACAAGGAUCUUACCACUACGGAAUGAUCAAAACCAGCCGCACACUCACUUUUGUGAACUCUGCUCCUCUUAUCAAUCGCAAGCAGAGAUUUGCUGUCAACAGUGUCUCGUUUAUUCCUCCAGACACCCCAUUGAAACUUGCAGACCACUUCAAGAUUCCAGGAGUUUUCAACCUCGGAAGUAUGCCGAGUUAUCCAACUUGGAGAAAUGCUUACCUCCAGACCUCAGUGAUGUCUGCUAACUUCCAUGAAUUUAUUGAGAUUAUUUUCCAAAACUGGGAGGACACAGUUCAAUCAUGGCACAUCGAUGGUCAUUCCUUCUUUGUUGUGGGAAUGGAUGGAGGGCAGUGGACACCAGCUAGUAGGGUACGGUAUAAUUUACGAGAUGCUGUUGCUCGUUGCACCACUCAGGUGUAUCCUAAGUCAUGGACUGCAGUUUACAUGGCUUUGGACAAUGUGGGAAUGUGGAACAUUCGGUCCGAAAACUGGGCAAGGCAAUAUCUGGGGCAGCAAUUCUAUCUCAGGGUUUACACUCCUUCAAAUUCUUGGAGAGACGAGUUGCCCAUUCCGAGGAAUGCUCUUCUUUGUGGUCGUGCAAGAGGUCGUCACACUAGGCCUCUUUAAAUUAGUUUAGAACAGAUUUCUUCUAAAUUUUGUCACGAGAGGGUGACAGAAAUGGUUGCUUGAGGAGAAGGGCUAAUUGUUACUUUUCCUUGCGGGAAAUUGUUGUAAUGCAAGAGCUCAACUUGAGCUUUGAGUUGUUUUUUUAUUAUCUGUAAUUGGGAUGCAGCAAUCUGCCAUUAUUGUAACCACAUUUAUGCUGCAACA